AUGCAGCAAAGAUUACGGUCGCUCAAGCGCCCUCUGCUCCUCGCAGCAGCAGCCACAACAACAGUCACUCUCGGAGGAGCAUACUACGCCUCCCGCAACAAGACACACAUUGUCGACAAGCCUCUCGUUCCCCUCAAGCGCGAUGACAAGAACCGCAUCGUGCCCCCUACAUUCAGCGCCACAAAGACCCGCGCAUCGCAACUCGCUGAACUUCGUCGCAGCGGCGAAGACACAGAAUACGACCUCCUCAUCAUCGGAGGCGGCGCUACAGGAACCGGUAUCGCUGUUGACGCCAUCACCCGCGGCCUCAAAGUCGCUCUUGUAGAGCGCGAUGACUUCUCCUCUGGCACAAGUUCAAAGAGCACAAAGCUUGUCCACGGAGGUGUGCGAUACCUAGAAAAGGCUGUCUGGAACCUUGAUUACGGUCAAUUGCAGCUUGUCAUGGAAGCUCUUCGUGAGCGCAAGACGUUCCUCAACAUUGCGCCUCACUUGUCCAGCUCAUUGCCAAUUCUACUACCCCUCCAGAAAUGGUGGGAGGCGCCCUACUUCUGGGCCGGCACCAAGGCCUACGACCUCCUCGCUGGGUCACAGGGUCUUGAGAGCUCAUACUACAUGAGCAAGAACAAGGCCUACGAGGCAUUCCCUCUGUUGCGACGGGAGAACAUGGUUGGUGCGUUGGUGUACUAUGAUGGUCAGCACAAUGACUCUCGCAUGAACGUCGCUCUCGCUCUGACUGCUUCUCACUACGGCGCUACUGUUCUCAACCACGUUGAAGUAACUGGUCUUGAGAAGGAUGCCAACGGCAAGAUCAUGGGCGCUCAAGUCCGCGAUGUUCUCGCCUCCAAGGACGGUGAUGCCGCUGCCGCUCAGCCCUUCAAGGUCCGCGCCAAGGGUGUCGUCAACGCAACCGGUCCCUUCACUGAUGCCAUCCACCAAAUGGACGAUCCCUCUCGCAAGCCCAUCGUCGCUCCCGCUUCAGGUGUGCACAUCAUGCUUCCCAAGGACAUCUGCCCCAACGGUCUUGGUCUCCUCGACGCUGCUACCUCAGACGGUCGCGUCAUCUUCGUUCUUCCCUGGCAGGGCUACACUCUCGCUGGUACCACCGACAACCCAUGCGAAGUUGAGGCUGCGCCUGUUGCGCAACAGCAGGAUGUUGACUUUAUCCUGAAGGAAGUCAGCAAGCUUCUAACACCCGAGUCUGUUCUUUCACGCAAGGAUGUCCUCGCUGCUUGGUCUGGCAUCCGACCUCUUGUCAAGAACCCCAACGCCAAGAACACCGAGUCCCUCGUCCGAAGCCAUCUCAUCACCACCUCUCCCUCUGGCCUCCUCACAUGCGCCGGUGGCAAGUGGACUACCUACCGUGAAAUGGCCGAGGACACCGUCAACGAGGCUAUCAAGCUCUUCGACCUCAAGCCCCAAGCCGUGGCUCUUCCCGACAUCAGCGGCGCUGGCGCUUCCGGCUUCACCACCCGCGGCGUCUGCUGCACGCGCAACGUUCCUCUCAUCGGCGCUCACGGAUACUCCACAUCUCUCGCCUCUCAAUUGAUGGAGGUCUACAACAUCGACGCUGACAUCGCUGACCAUCUCGCUCACAACUACGGUGAUCGCGCUUGGACUCUUCUCUCCAUCUCCCCCUCUCUCAACACCCGCCUCGUCUCCUCUCUUCCCUUCAUCGAGGCCGAGGUCUCUCACGGCAUUCGCUCCGAAGCCGCCUGCACGAUUCCCGACAUCAUCGCCCGCCGCACCCGUCUCUCAUUCCUCGACUCCCAUAAGGCUCUCGAGGCUCUUCCCCGCGUCCUCGACAUCGCCUCCACAGAACUCCAAUGGAGCGCUGCCCGCAAGGAGCAGGAGAAGGCUGAUGCCAUCAAGUUCCUCGCCUCUAUGGGUCUUGAGCAGCAGACCGAUGCGCCCGUGCAGGCCUCUCAGGAGGAGAAGAUGCCCGUGCGCAGCAUUGAGCACGCACCCCGACCUACCCGCGUUGGUGGUCUUGAGGUCGACCUCAACGGUCUUGGUGGUACCGGCUCUUACAGCAAGUCGCGCGACGACUAG